GGAUUUUAAUGUCAUUCUGAGGGCAGGCAGGGCACAUUUUGACUCGUGCAAAAUAGUUGUCACCCAGCUGUGCGCAUGGGAUCUCGUGCUGUAUUUUUUCUUACAGCAUAUCUACGCUCUCCUCUCUUGACCCAAGACCAUGUACACUGCCGACUGCGUUGCCAGAGUCGCCCCUUGAAGUGUACUGACGACACCAAGUACCUCGGUAUCGUGUUCUGCUCCACAGCAAUGGAUAUCUCGAAAGAGCACUCUGUCGAGGUGGUAAAGAUUCAAGAAGGCACUGCGUGUUUGCGAUGGAGAGGUAUCUGGGGGAUAUCCACCCUCGCAAUUUACAGCGCCUGGGUUGACUCUCUCCUCACUUACGGGUCCCAGGUUGUGGUCGUCACUACACUUAGGCAGCUGGAAAGGGUCCAAAUCUUGUGGUUGAGUGGGAACAGGUGUUGGCUGACAGACAUCACUACCGCCCUUCAACGUCUCAACUACCCAAUCCAUGCAACUCUGGAGGAGCUAUACGACACAGAUUUCGUAACGAUGCUGUCGAGUCGAUGUGGAAGACCGAGGUUCGUCGAUGAUCCUACUACGUCUCUACUCGUUCAGGUCUUCUCCCGCAGUGUUCCGGUCUCACCUCGACAUUCGUAUUACGGCACACCGUAUUGCGAUGACCCGGGCUUUGACUUGAAUAGCAGUGUUGACAGGGAGUUCCAAUGAGGUGGAAGAUUUUCCUCGUGUUCUGUUUGUGUGCACUUACCAGCCCAGCCUGCUCGCGCGUCCUUUCUCUGGGAACGGUAUCCUGGUUGUAGAAAGAUCGUCCGAUCACCCGCUGGUGGAGACGGAUGUCCUUGUCGCAAGUGCGGCACGCUUCGUUGACGAUAUGUAACUGUUCCUUUCAUCAGUCUACUGCCGAGGCCGUGAGGGGUACUCAUGACGGGCUUUACCAUAGCCGCAGAGCAUAGGACGGGUGUAGCAGCAUUACUCCUCAUUUGGUCUUUUCUGUAGUUCGCACAUUGUAGCUAGCGUCGUAGAUACCGCCUCUGUACCUUGAGGAGCUGUAGUACGGACCGCGGCUCGUUUCCAUCGAGGAACACCGUCGGGUAAUAAAACAACUUCCUUCCAGUUAGUAUGUACAACAAAAACUAUGGUAUUCUAUAUAAUCUAUGG